UACACGCAGCGUUUUGGUCCUCUAAUCAUUAAUUGAAAUUAUACUGCAAUUUAUUCUAGUAUAAUUUGUUAACGUUCAGUUUACCAUUCGACCUUCUCGUUUGGCCGGCAGUUCUUGAUGUUUCUAGUUUGCCUAUUUACUUUGUAUUCAAACCAACGGUAUUCAACUCAACGGCAGGUCAGGCUUUCUAUUUUCAAAUAGUGAAACGAAUAUUUAGCGUAUCUUGCAUGUAAACGUAGACCACAAUUUGCACAUUGUAGAAAGUCACACACCACGUCAGUUCCAUAACUUGGCAAGAAUAGAGAAUUCUCCUUAUAUUGGUGUAUCGGUCGACGACACAUUCCUUGAGGAAGAUGUCCAGAAAAGACACAUGCAAACCAAAACACAAUUCAGUUACGAAUGCGGAGUUGGCCGCGAGCCCCGAAAGAUCCAAGGACGCGAUGAACUUUAGCAAGAGACUUCUCGCACUGUGCAAAGUAUCCUACACAUACGUAUUUCGAGAGACAAAACACUUUGACAAGAAGCAGUUCAAAGUAUUGGAAUCAGAAGCCACCGAAUUAUUGCACAAAGUAACGAACUCAGAAAAUACAGAAUUAGAUGAUAUCAUAAUUCUCGCGCAAAUUUACUACAAUAUAUGUGAGAUACAUAUUGAGUCAGAUGCGAAAAGAAAGCAACGUAUGGUCGCAAAGAACGUUCAACAUUGUUUGACCUUGCUGACGAAUAAAGAGCUGAAUUGCAAGUCUAUUUUGUUAGCUGUAAAUGCGAAUAAUAUUUUGGGCUAUAUUUAUUGGAGACAAGAGAAGACAGAAGAAGCUAUACAAAUAUAUGAUAAAGCUGUGAAAUUAUAUUUGGCAUAUAUGCAGAAGAAGGACGAGUACGGUACACCAAUUGACCUUCGACAUAUUGUUACUACGUCAUGUGGAAAGGAAUGUGGUUACACGAAGCUGUCAAAUACAUAUAUACUUCUCCUACGUGCCUUGGUGAGUCUACAUACAACGACGAAGCCGACAGAUAAUGAAGAUUUAAUCACAUGCAAUCAUAUGCUCUUGACUGCCGAAUUCAAUAAAUCACCGGAAGCUAAGGAUCAUUUCGAGUGGAUCAAAACAGCAAUGUCCUCGUGCAAUUAUUUCUUGGUGCAUGACCGCUUCAUAGAAGCGAAACAUUACCUUAAUAUUGCGACUUUUGUGAAAAAUAAUUUUAUUGAGAAAAAUUGUCAGAAUGAUCCCAGCAAACCAAGAUUGUCCUCGAAAGUAUUGUCUAUAUGGAAAAGUACGUUCAAGUUACUUCUAAUACACUGGGCGAAAUAUGGGAUUGCUCUUUUGCGUGUGACGGCCCAACGAUCGCAGCGGUUGGAGAAGAACGAAGAUUUGAAGACGGACUACACCGAGCCGCAAUCUCCAGCAGAGUCUCCAGAGCGUGCAUCGCGGAAAUUAUUGUUAUUUACUGAAAUAGGAGAGAAGUUUUCAAUCCCAAGUGAGAAUAUACCGUUUACGUUCAAUCACAUCUCAAGUUACGCUGACGCUAAGGAAAUAUUCUUGUUCGUUAUAAGGUUACUGUGCGAUGAAAAUGUAAAUUCUUGUCCCGAGGAAGACACGGAAACAUAUGUAACAGUUGUAACGAGCACUUGUAAUGCAUACAAAUAUAUGGCAUAUUAUGAAAAGGACAAAUGCGACAAGAUAUUGUUACAUAAGCGACGAGCAGAACUCUUAACGACAGCUAUAACGUCAAUACCUGAAACGUAUGAGAACUUAAUGAAAUAUUUAGAACUUCAACUGUUAAUUGUUCAGACAACUAUGAUGGACAUAAAUAUUCGAUAUUCGAAGAAAUGUGAAGCAAUAUUCGGAACGUAUGCACAAGGAACAAAUAAUGAAGCUUUUAUUGAAAUUGACAAAAUGUUAAUGUAUGGUUUAUCAAUUUUACAAAAAUAUAUUGCCAAUUAAAUUAAUUAAUAGCCACCACAAAUAAAUGUGUAUUUAAUAGUAAACCAAGUUCCUUAUUAGUUUCGUAUUGGCAAAAAUAUACACAAUGAUCUCCUCGAUCGUCACGUUAAAAAUGG